AUGAUGGCUAUCAUCGGCAUGUUCUUCCAAGAUGGCCUGACAGGAUCUGCGUGGGGUGACUGGUCUUUGUACACGGACUCGCCACUGCGCGCAUCCCCAGAAGAGAUCAUGCUGAAGGGCGGCAUGGGUUCCGUCGGUGGAGGCACCGGUGUGGGAUCCUUCACCGGAUCCUCGAGCUCUUCGUCCAGCUCAGCUCAGUCCGCCUCUGUGUCGACGACAGACCUGGGCGUGCAAGCUCCUGUGGGAUUUUGGGACCCCUUGGGCUUGAGCAAGGGCUAUCUUAGCCCGAGCCUCGGAUUGAAGUUCAGCGACGUCCCAAACGGCCUGGCUGCCAUCUCCAAGGUGCUCGGCUGGCUGCAGAUCCUCUGGUUCAUUGGCCUCAUUGAGGGCUCCGGAUUCUUCUCCGGCAAGUACGGCUUGGGCUUCAUGAAGGAUGCCACUAUGGCAGGAACGCCCGGUGACUACGGC